GAAAAAACCUCCGCCUACGAACCUACGAAGAAGAGGAAGAACAACCUGUCAUCUUUGUCGAUUUGAUUCAUCAUCGCCUUCUUGAACACACAGAGAGGAAAAGUACAUAAUUUGGAACACAUCACAGCACUGUUCCUCGAAAUUAUGCACCGUACAGUAUAGUGUGCCGUUCUUCCGGAAAAGUUCUUCAUGGAGUGCGUAAAUUAGAAGUGUGCAAUAGCAAAUUAGUGUUCCGUAAAGAAUUACCACCAUCGUACCGUUUCCAACACUGAAAGUACUGCGAAGGUGUAAACGUCAAUAGCGGAAACAAAAGAGGGCGAAAAGCACGAAAAAAAUCCCAUCCCCAACGUCCCGCAGUGGUCCUUGUAGGAGUACAAAUCGUAUGCGCGUGUGUGUGAAUGUGUCUGUGCGUAUAGAGGGUGAAAGUGAGCCCUUGGAGUUCCGGGCAAACCAAACGCUAGACGGGAGUUUCUUUUCCUGUCCCAGUGGUGGACAAAGACGUCGUAUUGAUAAGCGAUAGAAGUAGUACAUCCCACACCCGAAAAUCGUGCCCGAAGUUUGUUGGUUUAUGUACGUGGCAUUCUAGAAAGGAUUAUUAACGCCGAGCAAUAGCAGCAGGACGGAAGUAUCCAGUGUAGUCCACAACCGGAACAUCUUUCACGCCAGCAAACAUGAGUCUUUUUGGAACAUCAUCUUCGCUCAACUCAGACAUAGAGAAAGCUACCAGCGAAAACAAUACGACGGAAAAUUGGAGUCUUAUAUUGGACAUCUGUGACCGUGUAAACAAUGGAUCGGCGACACCGAAGGAUUGUCUAAAAUGCAUAAUAAAAAGAUUGAAUUGUCUCAAUCCUCAUGUGGUUAUGAAAGCGAUCACGCUGCUCGAUGCGUGCGUUAAUAAUUGUGGCAAACAGUUUCACCUGGAAGUCGCAUCCCGCGAGUUUGAGACAGAGUUUAAGAAGCUUCUGCAGAAAAGUCAACCAAAAGUGACAACGAAGCUAAAGCUAACCCUGAAACGUUGGGCAGAGGAGGUGUUCAAGUCUGACCCGCAGCUCGAUCUGAUACCUUCGCUGUACAAAAAGCUGCGUGAGGAAGGUCACGAUUUUAACGAUCCAUCGGCAACACCAAAGCGCGAAACGACGCUCAGCAAAGAUCCGAACGUCGUGUCUAGUCAGCAGGAGGAAGAUGACAUUGCGAAAGCGAUUGAACUUUCGCUAAAGGAAGUCAAGAACACGCAGUCUCCGAAAAUGAUGUCAUCAUCGGGAGCGACUGCAACGUCUUUGUAUCCUUCUGCUUUGUUAUCCACUUCUGCACCGGUGGUUGAACCGCGAAAGGUUCGCGCACUUUAUGAUUUUGAAGCAGCCGAGGAUAACGAACUAACGUUUCAAGCUGGUGAAAUCAUUAUGGUUUUGGAUGAUUCCGAUCCAAACUGGUGGAAGGGACAGAAUCAACGUGGCGAGGGACUAUUUCCAUCCAACUUUGUCACGGCGGAUCUAUCCGUGGAGCCCGAAUCCCUUUCCGCGGCGUCCGGCAAGGGUACGAAAAAGAGUGUUCAAUUUUCGGAUGAGCAAAAGCUGGAUGGUGAUAAGGAUGGACAGCAGAAGCAGCUACAGUCGGCGACGGUUGAAAUUAAUGAGGAAAAGAUCGAUCGUUUGCUGCACCUGAUACAUGAAGCAGAUCCGGAAGAUCCGUCACAGGACACGGACGAAAUGCUGCAGCUCGAGCAGCUCGUCAACCAGAUGGGGCCGAUGAUUGAUGCGGAGCUGGAGCGGGUCGAUCGAAAGCAUGCGCAGUUGACGCAGCUUAGCAGUGAUCUGGUGGAUGCAAUCAAUCUGUACCACAAUCUGAUGCGCGAACCGGAUCGUUCGGCGAUGAUGUCGAUGGGAGGCCCUGCAGGUGGCUAUGGAACUCCCGGUGGUUAUCCGGGCGGUCCAGUGAACCCAAUGUACGGAAUGCCGGCCAUGUACCAGAGCCUUCCGGGUGUAGGCAUGUAUCCUAUGGCACCGGGAGGACCACCAUCGAUGCCGGGUGGCCAGCCGAUGCCGGGAUACAGCAUGGGCCAUCUUCGGCACGAUAUGACGCAAAUGAAUGUUGGCACGAUGCCUCAGUUCCCCACACCGCAACAGCAACAGCCUCCCCAAACGGCAAUGCACCAUCACCAUCAGCCUCAUCCGGCGCAGGGCGGAUCCAUGCAGACAGUUUCUCAAAAUGGUCCCACCACAAACGGGAUGCUUUCACAGGUUGCACCGAGUACAUCGUUGGCCGGAGUUAGCAGCCAACAGUCAGCUACGACGGUCGCGCCACAGACGAUGCCAAAUAUGACCGGCGGUCCGUCGAUGCCUCCGCAGCACGGAGCGAUACCGCAAGGAUUCUCUAAUCCCACGUCGCCCCCACCAGUCGGUAUGUCCGGUCCCUCGUCUCAUCAUCAACUGCAGCAAGCACCAUCAAACCCUAAUCAGCAUACGCUUCCCCAAAUGCGACCAAUAGGGCAGCCUCCGGUCAGCUAUCCUAGCUACGUUCCUCAGCAACCGCAACAACAAAACCAACCGGCAGUGUCUCAGCCCGUGCAGCAAAAUACCGCUUCGCAAGGAAUGCAACCGGGAGUUGGGGCGGUGCCCGUUUCUGGUGGACCACCACCAACAUCCACACAACCGGUCCAACCGAACCUGAACCAUCACCACCAUCCAAGCCAACAUAUACCGAUGAAUAUGCCGCCAACUCACUUUCCUCCCGCCUCUGGUGCACCCUCCCAUCAACAUCAACAACAACAGCAGUUCAUGCCUCAGAUGGGACCGCCGAUGGGUAAUUUUGCCCCGAUGGGGGCCCCAAUGAACAUGUUCCCUCCCGGUGGACCUGGUGGGGUCGGUGGGCCUUUGUCGAUUAACACAAACCAUCCGGGACCCCAAAACAUUCCCAUUUAUCAGCAACAGCGGUAAGCAGGAAUAGUCGUGGGGAUAAAUAGUGGGGCGUGGGAGGGAAUUUUGGGGUCCAUCUCGAUCACUCAAAUGCAAAACAAUUUGACCAAUGCCACAGUUUUUGAAUUUCGAUUCGAUUCGAUAUGGAGGGGCGCCCGGGAUUGUUUCGAUGCAUAGGGUACAUGCGCGGUGUGGUCGGUUGAGGUAUUCUUUUAAACUGAACUUUUCUAGCCAUAAUUGAGCGUAAGAAAAUUGUUGCUUUCUGUUUGUCUGUAAUAUGUUUUGCUUAAUUGUCUCUGCAGUGGAAUGAAGAACAUUGCAUGAAAGAGAUAAAUUAAUCAUUGUUUUGUUUCGGUGUACGUUCGAUGAUGGCUGAUCGCACAUGAUAUUCCCAAGCGAAAAAAUGGAAAUACCGAGGGUUGGUGGCUUAGUUGAAAAAGUACGCUGAGGGCUUUCUUCAUUCAUCGCCAAUGCACUUGGCUUGAUAAUGCGAUCGGAUUGUGCAACCCCAUUGCUGGCAAUAAUAAUAAUAUUAAUAAUGCAUUACUAAAUACAUUACGUUUUUGAAACAGUAUAGAAGAAAUGCCGCUGGAGAUGCUUCCGGCUGUGGUGUGAUUAGCGGGGAUGGAAUUCUGAAGGAAUAACAAAAAAAAAUUCAACAGUGAUGAGCGGUGGAUUUAUUGGUAGCGAAGGCAUGGAUCGGCUUAUUUUUGAACAUUCGCAGAAUCUACAAACGAAUAGGAUUUAGCGUAAAAAAAGUGAAUAUAUAGGAUAUGUAUUUAUAUACGCAAUAUCAAGAGGUGACCGACCGUUCGAUAGUUAGUGCGGUCGAGUUGGGUUGGAUGUUUUGUUAUCCUUGGUAAAAAAAACACGUGCUGCAGUAACGAAGUGGACGUAUUGAAAGAUAAAUCCUGAUUGAAUGCUGUAAAAUAGUUGAGCUACGUACAUACAUACACACCCUACAUUGAAAAAUAAAUAUACUAAAUUAAUAACA